CAUCCCUCAAGUGUUUUAAAACAAUAGCUGCUAUUAUUGUCUCAAACACACUAGGAUGGGAGAAAUAUGCUAUUCUAGUUUAGGAAAGAACUUGACCAAGGCAAAGCCUUAUUUGUUAACGGUGGGACUUCAGUUUGGGUUUGCAGGAGCAUACAUCUUCACCAUGGCCAGUCUCAAGAUUGGAAUGAGUCGUUACGUAUUCGUUGUCUAUCGCAAUGCCUUCGCUGCAUUGGCCCUCGCUCCUUUUGCAUUCAUCUUUGAGAGGAAAAUUAGGCCAAAGAUAACACUCCCUGUCUUCUUACAGAUAAUAGCACUCGGAUUUCUGGAGCCAGUGAUUGACCAGGGGUUCACUUUCUUGGGAAUGCAAUAUACGUCGGCUUCGUUUGCCUCUGCUGUAGUGAAUGCCACACCCUCUGUCACUUUUAUACUAGCCGUAAUUCUAAGGUUAGAACGUGUAAAUUUUAAGGAGGUAAGAAGCCUAGCAAAAGUGAUUGGGACGUUGGUAACCUUUGGAGGUGCUUUGUUAAUGACACUUUACAAAGGCCCUCUAAUUAACCUAUUUUAUUCUCCAAACACAACCCACCACCAAGACGUAAGUCACACCCCUCAGGAUCUCAAACACUGGGUCUCAGGGACCCUCUUUCUACUCCUUGGUUGUUUCUCUUGGGCAUCUUUCAUCAUUUUACAGUCCAUAACAUUGAAAAGGUAUCCGGCAGAAUUGUCACUCUCUUCUUUGGUAUGCUUAUCGGGUGCUUUACAAGCUAGUGUGGUGGCACUGGUGGCUACUCGUCACUCUGGGCUUGGGGCAUGGGCCUUAGGUUGGGACUUCAAGCUCUAUGGCCCUCUCUACACGGGAGUAGUUACGUCUGGAAUUACGUAUUAUGUGCAAGGGUUGGUAUUGCAAAGCAAAGGCCCUGUAUUUUUCACAGCCUUUAAUCCCCUUUGCAUGAUCAUAACUUGUGUUCUAGGCUCAUUCCUUUUUGCAGAACAGCUUCACCUUGGCAGCAUCAUUGGAGCCAUCGUUAUCGCAAUGGGUCUGUACUCUGUGGUGUGGGGCAAAGGCAAAGACUGUUCAGACCCCACUCCACCAAAGCACACCGAGACACAACCUCUUCCAAUUACCUCAUCUCAUAUCUAACACAGAUUUCCGAAGGAAUUUGUGAUAUCUAUUGUACUUCUUCUGCCAUAAAAAUCUGCAAUAGUUAGUGUAUACAUAUAUAUAUGUUAAUUUCGUGCUUUCGGUUUCCACGUUAUGAAAGGCUAGUAUCAGAUUGUGACAACACACUGUCAUGGCUUUAAUAUAUAUAUUUAUCAUUCAGAAAGAAAAUAUAUGAAACGUUUUGCUUUUAAUCA